AUGGCGCCAUUGACGCGUCUACGCGCGGACAAAGAUCACAUCCAGCUCCCUAUGGCUGUGGAGUAUUAUACCCAGCGAGCCGCUGUACCUGGGACCCUUAUCAUCGCUGAAGCGACCCAAAUCUCUCCGGCGCAUGGUGGAGUACCACACGGCCCUGCACUUUGGAAUGAAGCUCACAUCACAGGAUGGAGAGACAUCACCAACGCAGUUCAUGAGCGUGGCUGUAGUAUUGUAUGCCAAUUGGUUGCUCCAGGCCGAGCAGCGGACGCCGAGCAGCUCAGAGCAGGCGGGUAUGAGUUGUUGAGCUCAAGUGCCAUACCGAUGCCUGGGGAGGGGUUCGCACCUAAAGGUGGUUCAACUACAGUACCGCGCGCAAUGACUGAAGAUGAAAUUUGGGGUUGUGUUGCGGACUUUGCGCAAGCAGCAAAGAACGCUAUCGCUGCUGGAUUUGAUGGCAUAGAGAUACACGGCGCGAACGGAUAUCUAGUCGAUCAGUUUUUGCAAGACACAUGCAACCAGCGGCACGAUACUUGGGGCGGAAGCGUAGAGAAUCGCAGUAAAUUCGGCAUCGAGGUUGCAAAGGCUGUCGCAGCCGCUAUUGGAUCAGAUCGCGUGGGAUUCCGCUUGAGUCCAUGGAGUUCUUUCCAAGGCAUGCUCAUGUCCGACCCUAUUCCGACAUUUUCCCACCUUGCCGCGCAACUCAAGGAACUACAAAUCGGCUAUCUACAUAUAAUCGAGUCCCGGGUGGACAAUAACGUCGAUUGCGAGUCCACUCAGAGCAUCGACUUCCUGCUUAAUGUCUGGGAUAAUGUAACACCUGUUUUGAUAGCUGGUGGCUAUGCUCCAGAUAACGUGUUUGAAGCCGCUGAUGAGAAGUAUGGUGCAUCAGACGUCGUCUUCGUCUUCGGACGGCACUUUGUGUCCAAUCCAGACUUACCAUAUAGACUAAGGAAUGGUCUGGAAUUGAACAAAUAUGAUCGAAGUACAUUCUACACACCAGAGAGCCUUCAAGGAUAUAUUGACUAUCCCUUCAGCAAGGGAUUUCAACCUGGUGUAAGACUGUAA